UGCAUGCUUGUGGCAUGUCAUUCCAUGCGUCGUUACUAACAGUAAAAAUGGCGCUUGCUGAAGUUUGUGGUAUUAAUUCGAUUGUGGAUUUCAAUUCAGUAAGCGAAUACGAUAAAUCUCAAGAGCACGUUUUAUCCUACACCAAAAAUUUUCUUAACAAUCUAGACCUUGCGUUACCACCGUUUCCAAGUAGUGCCGAUAAUUUGUCAUCGUUUACUAAUGGAGUGGAUGAUACUGGAAAGCAUAUAAAAAUAAAAUUUGAUCAUGGGACAACGACCCUUGGUUUCUUAUACAAAGGUGGCGUCAUUCUUGCAGUUGAUUCAAGAGCUACGGGUGGCCAAUUCAUUGGGUCUCAAUCGAUGAAGAAGAUUGUUGAAAUCAAUGACUACCUUCUGGGAACUUUGGCUGGGGGUGCAGCAGAUUGCGUUUAUUGGGAUCGAGUAUUAGCAAAGCAAUGUCGUAUGUAUGAAUUAAGAAAUAGGGAACGAAUUUCUAUUGCUGCUGCAAGUAAAUUGUUGUCCAAUAUGGUAUAUAAUUACAAGGGUAUGGGAUUAUCAAUGGGUAUGAUGCUUGCCGGUUAUGAUAAACGUGGCCCAGGGCUAUAUUAUGUCGAUUCAGAGGGAACGCGUACACCUGGUAAAGUAUUCAGCGUUGGUUCUGGAUCCAUAUAUGCAUUUGGUGUACUAGAUGCUGGAUACGACUGGAAUUUGUCCGAUACAGAAGCUUAUGAACUAGGUAGACGUUCCAUUUAUCAUGCCACUUUCAGAGAUGCCAGUUCUGGUGGUAUUAUAAGAGUUUAUCAUAUGAAAUCCACUGGAUGGGUACACAUUUCUACCGAAGAUUGCAAAGACUUACAUUAUGCGUAUGAAGAAGAGAAAGAAAAGGCAUCGAAGUGAUUUCGUUUACUUAAUUUAAACAUCAUGGGUCAACUGACCUUUCAAUAAAAUUAUUUGUACCGAA